AUGCUACCGGAACAUCACAGUCGUACGCUAGCUGUUGCUUUGGAUUUGUUGUUGAAGGAUUUUGAACCAAGGGAAGCUGUUCCAUAUAUGGUGGCUAAAUUAAUUUUCAGUGACGACCAACAGGAUGUUAUUUUGACUAAGCCAACUCGAAGGCAGAGAGUUCUCGAAUUUCUGCGUCAAUAUCGUCGUUCGGCAAUUGAUCUUGGUGCGCUAAUUCACUUUUUCGAAGAAAACGGUCAACUCCAUUUAUCAGCUGCGGUUUCAAAGAAUAUUCAACCAGAACAACGAGUACUUCUUUCUGAACGUGACAUUCGAUCACGUUUACUAAGAGAGUCAAAUUUACCGGGUCCCAUCAAGAACUAUGUGAAACGAGAUGACCUCACCAGGAAUCUUGGAUCCACCCUCAUAAAAUAUGCUAGCUAUGGUUUGUGA